CGAGACUACAAAUCCCGGCAGGCCGCGCGCGGCCCCUCCUAUUGGCUGGCGCAGGCAGGAAGCGAUCUGCGAGGUGAAGGGUGAGAGGAGUCUGACAUGGAGGAGGUUAAAGAUGGAUGUCCACCAGAAGAAUUACUAGAUCACUUAAAGCUUUCUGAUCAGAAGUCAGCAGAGAGCACCAGCUCAUGGGUGUCUGGCCCCAAAGAUGCCCAGAAUCCUUCAAACAUGGAAAGUGGCAAUAUACCAUCUUCAGCCAAAGAUCCUACCACAGCAGACGAGUGUUUCCAUGACUGUCGUGACUCCUUUGAGGUGAAAGAGCCUGCACUGGAUGAUGAAGGAAAUUUACAGAAUGAUGAGAAUAGCACAAGGAAGCAGACAGAACUAGAUGAAGAAUACUUACUAGAACUGGAAAAAGAUAUGCCAGAGGAAGAAAAACAGAGGAGAAGAAAGGAGAGCACAACGCUGAAGGAGAAAGGAAACGAGCAGUUCAAGAAAGGAGACUAUGGAGAGGCAGAAGACUCUUACACGAAGGCUCUGCAAAUUUGUCCAGCCUGCUUCCAAAAAGAUAGGGCUGUUUUGUUUUCAAACAGAGCUGCUGCAAAAAUGAAACAGGACAAGACAGAAGCUGCCUUAAAUGACUGCAGCAAAGCAGUGGAAUUAGAUCCUAACUAUAUUAGAGCUUUGCUGAGAAGAGCAGAACUACAUGAAAAAACAGAAAAACUAGAUGAAGCUCUGGAAGAUUAUAAAGCAAUCCUAGAAAAAGACCCAUCAGUUCAUCAAGCCAGAGAAGCUUGUAUGCGAUUACCUAGACAAAUUGAAGAGCGGAAUGAAAAAUUAAAGAAAGAAAUGUUGGGCAAACUGAAAGAUCUUGGGAAUUUGGUUCUCCGCCCCUUUGGCCUGUCAACAGAAAAUUUCCAGAUAAAACAGGAUUCAUCAACUGGCUCAUAUUCCAUCAAUUUUGUUCAAAAUCCAAACAACAAUAGAUAACAUGAAUUCAGCUUAGUUCUGCUGGCUUUCAGGCUUUGUGACCAUGUGCUUGCACGUUACCAAUACAAGGAUUCAGAAAAGAUUCUUCACUCUGUCCAAGUGAAGAUAGACUCAAGCAAAUUCAUUUCCCUGCUUAUAAAUUAUUUACAAUGUGGAUGUAAAGAAAGUCGUUUGACUUCUUUUAGUGAUAACUAUGUCCCGUGUGUGAUUUCUCACUUGCAGUAUUUGGCUUGUCCACCAGUCAGGUUCAUUAUUUUGGCCCAUUCAAUGCUGGCAAGAAAAUUCUAGCAAGCAGUUCAGUUGAAUCAAAAUGCCCAUGCACCUGUGGCCAAGAACAAAGCCUAAUGGUGUCUUGGGGAAUUAAUGAAUCUAGCAGAAGCACUUCUCCACGUUCAGGAGGUGGAUGUGACUGACAGCAUGCAUGGAAGCAAGCCGACCUCCUCUGUGGAAUAUUUUUUCUCUGUAAUAAAGGCUUAGUAUUCCUGUUGGAUUGAUAUGUGAA